GCUCGGAGAGAACCAAGGACCCUUCAGAUCAACCCUGAGCUACAAAUAUUCUCCUUUAUUAAUACUUAAACCCUUUUGCACGCAUCCAAGUCCUUUAGCUCUGCUGCUGCCCUAGUUCUCAGCCGAGACCGAAUAUGGAGGACACCAUGCAAAUCAGGGAUCGGAGAGGCCGCCAAUAAAAGCGCAGCUCCACUCUCUUAGCCGCCAAUGGGAAACUAGGGAGAGGAUGUGCUUGGAUUUAUACCCUUCAGCUUCUCGCGCUUGUUGUCAUUGCAGCUGCGGGUAUUCGACGGCCUUGUGGAAGUAACCAACGACGAGGCCGUUUCUGCCUGCCUGCUUUGCAAACUGGUCUCGGCGCCUCGCUCUCUCCGAGCGCCUAGCCUCGUCUCGUUAUGUCCGGCCGAGGUAAAUCCGGAGGUAAAGCCAGAGCCAAAGCCAAGUCUCGCUCCUCUCGAGCCGGCCUCCAGUUCCCAGUCGGGCGAGUGCAUCGGCUGCUGCGGAAAGGCAACUACGCGGAGCGUGUGGGCGCCGGAGCGCCUGUUUAUUUAGCUGCCGUGCUGGAGUAUCUCUCGGCUGAAAUCCUGGAACUGGCCGGCAACGCUGCGCGGGACAACAAAAAGACCAGGAUCAUCCCACGGCACCUGCAGCUGGCCAUCCGCAACGACGAGGAGCUCAACAAGCUGCUGGGUGGGGUGACUAUCGCCCAGGGUGGGGUUCUGCCCAAUAUCCAGGCCGUGCUGCUGCCCAAGAAGACCCAGAGCUCCAAGAAAUGAGGCUGGCUGCCUGGCUGAAGGAAAGCGCUCGGCUGUUUAUUUCCUUGCGACCCACCCACAGGAUCUGGUGCAGCGGCCACCGGACAUUCCUUCCUUCCUUCCUUCCGUCACUUGGUGCAGCCAGUGCCGGGCAGAUUUCUUAACCGCAUCAUCUGCCCUGGUGCAGCCAGCGCAGAUGCUGUCCCCACUCGCCCUUUUCUUGCUAAUCUGAUACUGGCCCUCUUUCCUCCUCCUCCUCCUUCUCCCCCCCCCCCCGCUCCACGUCUCGGUGCUGCUGGUGCUACAACCGGUCGGUUCCUCGUGCGCUUUCUCGCCUGGCCCAGCGCUGAGUCCCUGCUCGUUUUCAAUUCUGCAGACUGAUGUGGGAAGAGCAGCCCUCAUUUUCGUGUCACAGAAAGGGCACGUGCUUCGGGCCUGGCUGCCAUUUAGCGCCUUGCAAAUAUAUUUUUUUCCUCCGCCCCUUUUCCCUGGGACGAUUGAGCCUAACAUCCAUUGCCUUGCUUACUUAAAUCGCUUUGAUUCCCUGGAGAAGAGGAGAGGGGGGAAAAGGAUUAGGCUUCCCCCCCCCCUUUUUUUUUUUUUUUACACUAGAAUGGUCGUUGCAUUUUUAUCCUUGGAGAACUGAAAAAAAUGGGAAUCAUGAAGAUGGGAAAGUCAUGAAGCAGCACAGGCUAACAUUGGGAAGGCAAGAAACUGCUUAGGCAAUAGGCCUCACUGUGACAAUGCUGAUUUUCUCUCUCUUUCUGUACCUAAAAAGUGAGAGUAUACAGAGGAAGGAGGGUUGCCCAUUGCAUUGCACCAACACUCAACCUAAUCUCUUAAAACUGUUCUGUCCUGGAGAUGGUGAUGGAUUGAUCUCUCUGAUGCUGUUGCACAUCCCCAUUAAAUGUGAUCAUGAAUUUAUCGAUUAAAAAUGUGGGAGGGAAGGAAGUGGCCAGGAAAUUUUAAAUGUGAAAAUAACUUUUUUGCUGAGAAAGGAAUAGCUUCAUAUGCUAAUGUUUCCCUUGUGUUUGCUUUUUGAUGAAUUCUUGUGUAGUUGUACUGGCACUCCAUUCCUGUUUCUUUGUUGAUUUUGUUUUUUGUGUUGCAACAAAAUCUUGACUGAGAGGCAAAGAUUUUCUAAGAAUUCCUAGGAUAUGUAUACAUCUUUGCUUUAUAGUCUUCCCAUCAAGCAGCUCUUGUAACACCUAAUAUGUUCCAGAGGCAAAAGUGGAAUAGGAGUGCCACCCCAUAAGGAAGGUUUUCAAACAAAGGGAUGGAAGGAAAAAUGGGGAAGGGAGAUGCUGUUUAUCUCUACUUUUGGUAUGAUAUAUUCAGAUCUGAAUGUGCUUAACAGUUCCAGCUUCCAGUUUAUCUGAAAACUCCUCCAAGCAAGAGUCUUUUGAUUUAUAUCUACUUUUGUCCUUUUGAUGUCACUGGAACUAAAAUCAAAGUAUUUUAGUGUGACUGCUUUUGUGGUUUUCAGCCUCAAUGAUAUACAGUUAUUGUUUCCUUGAAACAGUAAGCAGUUGUGUUUCCUUCUUCCAUUAUCAGUUCUCUUGUAAUGUCACCUGUAAUGAUUGAAGUCUAGCAUUUGUACCCCAGUUUGCACUUUAAUCUAUACACAGUGUUUUUUGUUUGGAAUUUUCCUUCUAGUGCUUAAAAUAGAGUGCAAGUAUGGCAUCCAUCUAAUUGUAAUCUUCAAUAGCUUAAUGUUUGGAGGUUGGGUUUUUAGGAAAAAAAAUAAUUUAUACAAGAGUAAAAUAUCUAGUUAGUGUUGGUGGUUUACUAAAUAGGUGUUUGGGUAACGUAUGAGCAUGGAAGUUGGCCUAGCCUGUCCUGUAAUGCCUAGUAGCUGUGGUACAGAGCCAAAACUUGCUUGCUUAGGUGAAAAGUUUAUAGAGCCAUGUGCAUGCAGCAGUCUCUAGGCUAUUGAGCAAAUAGAAUCUGUAAUUAUGUAUAUGGUCAGCUGUGUAUGUGCAGUUAAGUAGCAUGUGUUUGAAUCAUCAUGUGGGAUGUAAAUCUGUGGAUGAACUAUUGUCUUACUCUGGAUUCAGCUAAGGAGAUCUAAACCAGUGGAGGCUGAGAUACUUUAAUAACAGAAUAAGGAAUGUGGUUUGUUCAGUCAGUUGCUGGUGAGUGUACAGUCUCAUUAAUGAUACUUAAGAAACAAACUUUACCUAUCUAUGUCUGUCUUGCCUGUCACUCAUUACAGACCUAGGGAAAAAAGACCUCUUGGAUUUAAUUAGCUAUCUCAUUUUUCUGGUACUGGAUCAGACAGGUUCUUGCUUUCUGUGAGAAUGAACACUGAUUGCAUCAAAGAAGGGAAGGAAUCCUUGAAAUGGAAAUAAUGGUUGAAAACAAGAGUUCCUUUAUUUGUGUUUUCUGUCUCUUAAAAAUUACUUUCAAAAUCAGUAUUUUGUGUUAUGUCAACUAUUGUUUUGUAUUAGAAAAUGCAAAAGUUGUGAAACUGAAAAGUGCAAAACAAAUAUUAAACUGAUUCAGUCUUGAGUACACAUCAA